AUGGUUGAUCUAUAUAAAAAUGAGUAUCUUAUAACCGAAAUGCUAAACGAAAUUAAAAUCUACCUCAGACCUCUCAUGGACAUCCAAGAAAUUUACAUACCAAAGCUUCUAAAAUUUGGAGUUCUUCAUGAGGCAUUCGUCUUUAUUUUUAUGUCACUUGCUGGAAGAUCUUUUGCUGAGUUAGAAAAUAAUAUCACGAAAGAAGAGAAGCAGUUGGCUAUUGAGGGCUUACAGGCAAUACAUGCAAGAGGAGUAGUGCAUGGAGAUGUCAGGUUAGAGAACAUAAUGGUAAAGAGAGAGGAAUUGACAGAUCUGAAUAAAGAGUUGAUUGAGUUGAAACGUUUACUUGGUAUGGCAGGGCACAAUAAGUAG